AUGCCAAGGACUCCCUCGAGGCGAUUGGCACGCUCAUCGUCAGACCAGCACCACUUUAGCUCUUCGCCUAGCGCUCGCACCACAUCUGAGACCACUCCAACACCUCGACCCUCCACGCUCUCAGCAUCAGGCAGGAAACGAUCUCGCAACGAUCUCGACUUUGAUGCCGAGGAUACCUCGUUGCCUGCCAGCCCUCUCUCUCGUUUGCGACUCCAGACACCUUCGACGCGUCGAAACACAUCACAUCUGCUCGACAGUCCCAGCAGGUCACGCUUUGCCGCCAACCUCAUCCCAGACCAAGACUCAAGCUGCUACUUGGCUGCUUCAUCUCAAGAGUCGCUCCAAAGCUCCCUCUUCGACACACACAGCAUCGCCGAGAGCUCUUCUGCACCCACCUCUUCCUGCUCCUCCGACCGCGAUGUCUCUCCACCUCUCAACGCUGCCAUGCUCGAGUUAGCCGGCAAAGAGAAAUACUCGAGCGUCUAUGCACACGCAAGGGCGCUGCUUCGAUACUCUGCCGGCGUCGACCCAGCAGAGACCGAAGCUGGUCUCACCAUUACCAACGCUGCUGUCACCAAGCUCGGUGGGCAUCACGUCAAGGUUGUCGGUCGUGAACACGAGCGCACUGCGAUUCAGCUUUUCCUUCAGCACACUUUUGGUCUCUUUGCCGAUGCUCAGCAGCGAGCAAGAAGCCUCAACGUCGAGCUCGAUGGAGAUGCCGAAGCUAGUUGCUUGUAUGUCUGUGGUCUGCCCGGUACUGGAAAGACUGCUCUUGUUCGCUCUGUGCUGAACAGCCUUUCCGAGACCAACUGCUCUUCAUCCGCGCCUCGUGUCGCAUUCGUCAACUGCAUGACCCUCUCCCACCCCCGCUUGAUCUUUGGCAAAGUUCUGCGAGCCCUCGGUUCGAACGCCGCUGAAGGCCAGUCCGACGCCUUUGCCGAACAAGCUCUAUCGACUCUCAUCCGCCAAGGCAACCAGCGCAUCCUUAUUGUCCUUGACGAAAUCGACCAUUUGCUGCAGAGUCGUGCACACCAGAACAUCCUCUACAAGAUCUUCUCUUGGACUGCCAACGGCAGUGGCGUCGGCAGCAGCCUUCGUGGAGGUCCUGCUUGUGGGUUGAUUGGCAUUGCCAACUCGCUCGACUUGACUGAGCGCUUUGUGCCUUUGCUUGCUAGCAAGCAUGCUUCGCCUGCCCUCCUUCACUUCCGACCUUUCGAGGCAGAGGAGAUCGUUUCUGUGAUUCGGGAUAGGUUGUCUGGUUUGCAGGCUCGAUAUGACGAUCAAGAGCCAGAGGCCGAGGAAGCCAAGGAUGAGUCUUUAGCGCUCUUCACUCCCACAGCUCUCCAGUUGUUGGCAAAGAAGAUUGCUGGCGCGACAGGCGAUUUACGAAAGGCGCUCGAUGCGGCACGUUUGGCGGUAGAGUUGGUCGAGAGCGAACACAGGAAGAAGGCUCUUGCUCAGAUCCAAGCUGACAAGGCCAAGGCCAAGGCUGCACCUGCAUGUCAAGGUCAAGAAGAGAAGUCUGAGCAAGUUGACGCUGAGCAGCCAUUGAAAACAGCCGCACUGCGAGCCACGCUUCUCCGCCACCUCACUCGAUCGAGCGCACCCAAAGUCGGCCCCUCGGAAAUCCUCAAAGUCCUCACCUCGGUACUUGGCUCUGCCAACCUCUCCAAAGUACGCAGUCUUGGCGUUCAGGCCAAACUAGUGCUCCUCUCCAUCCUCAUUGCCCAAGCCCGCGCUGAGCAAGGUCUCUCCGUUCUUGGCAGUGCCACCAGCCACAAUCCCGCAUCUUCCGGAAGCACUGCUGCUUGUUCCGCAACACGCAUCGCCGACGUAGAAUCGACCUACCACGCCAUCCUCAAACAAGAAAACGGCCUCUUCUCCCCUCUCCAAGCUUCCGAACUCCUGGGUGUCUUUGAUAUGCUAGAAGUGAACGGAGUCAUUCGGAUCUCUUCUGAGGUCGAUAACUCUUCCCUUUGCGCAACUCGGGCAAGUGCGGUUUUCGUAUCAAGUAGUAGUGUUAGUCCCAGCGGUAAAAGGGCAGCGAAGAAACAGUUGAUGGCUAGCAGCAGACAGGUCUAUUUAGCUAUGUCGGCUGAUGAUGUUCAGCGUGGCAUUUGCACUUGUUCGCCUGGUAGCGGUACCAGCGUUUCUACGGGCACUGUGACGGCUGGAGGUGUUGCCGUGGCGGACACGAUUGCGAGGAUCUAUACAAGGGAGAAAGACAGAGCGGUCAAGGCAAAGACAUAUCACAGUAUCGCACAGGAAAACGCUAGGAUUCGACAGGAAGAAUUGGGUGGUGGUCGCAUGGGUGCUCCUGAUGGCAGUUUCUAA